CUCAUCAAGUGAGCGCUCAAGUGGGCGAGUGUGUUGUGUUCUUAGCAAAUUUUACGCAAUCUACAUUUAUACGAAAAUUAUUAAUAAUAUAUAUGAAAUAUUAUUUGUAAUUCUAAGUGUACUUUUUUACAAGAUAAUAUUUGACCUUGUUUUUGUUUGAAAGGAAAAUCAAGAACUUGUGAAAUCUUUUGUUUUGCUGUAAAGAGAAAAAGUUUGUUUAAAUUGCACUUGUGCUUACAAAGACACACACGUAUUUACAAGUAUAUAUAAUCAUCGUCAUUCGUCACUUGUUGUUGUAGCAGUUAAUAUUAUUUUAUUAUUAGAAGUUGCGUUAAAGCAAUAAAUCAUCAGCAGUGUUAGGCCGCAUAAUCGGCAAAUACUAGUAGCUAAAUUUACCGCAAAGUAAAUUGUGUACAAAAAUAAAAACAAUAGUGACAAGUGGAAAACCAAACAGCGUAAUCAUGCGUCUGCUAAGAAUUUUACCACUGGUUCUGCUGGUCUCACGGUCGCCAGCACGCGCCACAGCCACCAGCAGUCUUGUGAAGCGUUCAUACAUUACGACUAGCGGUAAUUUCGCAGCAGCAGCAGGUAGUUGCAGUAGCAGCAAUAAAAUGCCAGAGAAACGCGUAGUGCCAGUGAUAUCUUCUUUGGAGGAUUUCGAACGCAAAUUACCAGGUUACUUGAAUAAGAAGACACCACUCGCCUUGCUCUUAGACUACGACGGCACAUUGGCCGCCAUUGCCGAUAAUCCAAAGAACACCUAUAUGAAUGUGGAUGUGGAAAAACUGUUGAAUCGGUUAGCCGUACACCCUCAAAUAUUUUUGUGCAUUAUCUCUGGACGCGGGCUACGUGAUGUACAAUCACGCAUCGGUAUCAAAGGAAUCACCUAUGCCGGCAAUCACGGCUUGGAAAUCGAAAGUGGCGAUGGUACACGUCACGACUAUCCGUUAGCCGCUGAACUAAAGAAUCAUUACGCCCCGAUGGUGAAAGAACUGAUCAAUAAGGUGCAAAAGAAUGGCGCUUGGGUUGAGGAUAAAACAGUAUCGUUGACCUAUCACUAUCGUGAUGUACCUGCCGAUAUAUCUGAGGAACAAAAGCAAUUGGCUAUACGUAUAAUCGAAUCGCAUGGUUAUCGUGUAAGUCAAGCGCACGACGCGAUUGAGGCAAAGCCGCCAGUGAAUUGGCAUAAAGGUGAAGCUUCGCUACUCAUAUUGAAGGACCGUUUCGGCGCUGAUUGGGCCGACAAAAUUAAAGUGAUAUUCGCCGGCGAUGACAACACCGAUGAGGAUGCCAUGCGGUUUCUGCAAGGUUCCAGCAAAACAUUCCGCGUCGCUGCUGAUCCCGAAAUUCAGACCUACGCCGAUUUUCGCUUACCGCAACAGGACCUUGUGGAGGACUUGCUGAAAUGGAUUAGAAAAACUUACACCGAUUAGUUUUUAGUAUUUUUUUUUGCGAAAGCAGCGUGGUACCGUUUUCACUUACAGUAGUUUUUAGAAACUCUAUAAAUAUUAAGACUGUAAGCUUAUCAAAAUUAUGUUAGUGAAUACAUAUCGUUAGUUUAUAUGUAGGUGCUAUCUAGGUUACAAGUAUUUAGAUUUAAACAAAUUGAUAUUCUUGUUAUGCAGUAACAAUAUAUAAAAUUGGUAAUAAAUUUAAUAAAAAAUGUUGAAAAUGCUUUAAGCAUUUUAAAUAAAUUAAUAA